AUGUCGGGAGCUCCAUCUUGCUCAGCGACAGAUCUCGCCCUCCUCCUAGGCCCUAAUGCCACGGCGGCGGCCAAUUACAUCUGCGGCCAGCUUACCACUGUUGACCACAAAUUCACCGACGUUGCUCUCGCCGUAGACAACACAUACCUUCUCUUCUCCGCUUACCUCGUCUUCUCUAUGCAGCUUGGCUUCGCUAUGCUCUGCGCCGGCUCCGUUAGAGCCAAGAACACGAUGAACAUCAUGCUCACCAACGUCCUUGACGCUGCAGCCGGAGGUCUCUUUUACUAUCUGUUCGGUUACGCCUUUGCCUUUGGAUCUCCAUCAAACGGCUUCAUCGGAAAACAAAACUUCGGUCUCAAAGACUUCCCUACUGAAACAGCCGACUACUCUAACUUUCUUUACCAAUGGGCUUUCGCUAUCGCCGCCGCCGGAAUCACUAGCGGCUCCAUCGCUGAACGGACUCAGUUCGUUGCUUAUCUAAUCUACUCAUCUUUCUUAACCGGUUUUGUUUACCCGGUCGUCUCUCACUGGUUCUGGUCCGUUGAUGGGUGGGCUAGUCCGUUCCGUAGCGACGGAGAUUUGCUCUUCAGCACCGGAGCGAUCGACUUUGCCGGCUCCGGCGUUGUCCACAUGGUCGGAGGUAUCGCUGGUCUCUGGGGUGCGUUGAUAGAAGGUCCAAGACUCGGGAGGUUCGAUAACGGUGGACGAGCCAUCGCUCUACGAGGCCACUCGGCGUCACUUGUUGUCCUUGGAACAUUCCUUCUCUGGUUUGGAUGGUACGGAUUUAACCCUGGCUCGUUCAACAAGAUCCUUAUCACGUACGAGUCAGGCACGGUCAACGGCCAGUGGAGCGCGGUCGGACGGACGGCAGUCACGACCACGCUCGCUGGCUGCACCGCGGCGCUCACGACUCUCUUUGGGAAGCGUCUUCUCUCUGGACAUUGGAACGUUAGCGACGUGUGUAACGGCCUUCUCGGAGGGUUUGCUGCUAUUACCGGAGGUUGUUCGGUGGUGGAGCCGUGGGCUGCGAUCAUCUGCGGGUUCGUGGCUGCUCUUGUCCUCAUCGGAUGCAACAAGCUCGCUGAGAAGCUGAGAUACGAUGACCCGCUUGAGGCGGCGCAGCUACACGGCGGAUGUGGUGCGUGGGGGCUUAUAUUCACGGCGCUUUUCGCUAGAGAGAAGUACUUGAACCAGAUUUACGGCGUGAGGCCGGGGGGAAGGCCGUACGGUUUGUUCAUGGGAGGAGGAGGAAAACUUCUUGGAGCUCAGCUGAUUCAAAUCAUUGUGAUCGCCGGUUGGGUGAGUGCGACCAUGGGGACGCUUUUCUUCAUCCUCAAGAAAAUGAAACUGUUGCGGAUAUCGGCGGAGGAUGAGAUGGCAGGUAUGGAUAUGACCAGGCACGGUGGUUUUGCUUACAUGUACUUUGAUGAUGAUGAGUCUCACAAAGCCAUUCAGCUGAGGAAAGUUGAACCUAGAUCUCCUUCUCCUUCUGGUGUUACUGUUUGA